AUGCAUUCCAGAACUAACAGCACCGAAAGCCCAACCAGACCAAAGCUGAGCCAGCCGAGGGUGAAAGACCACCACAAAGGAGAGGCUGGUUACAGUGGGAAAGGAAAUGCACAAACACAGCAGAAAGAGAAGGAUGAUGUAGCCCGAGCCAGCACCAUCCUGAGAAGUCCAAAGGCAGAGAAAAAACAAAAAAGUUCUGUCAAGAAAAGAGAGGAUCUCUCUCGUGAUGACUUGCUAUUUCUUCUCAGCGUGCUUGAGGGUGAAUUACAGGCUCAAGAUGAAGUUAUAGGAGUACUUAAGGCUGAAAAAAUUGACUUAGCCUUGCUUGAAGCACAAUAUGGCUUUGUUACUCCCAAGAAGGUGUUAGAGGCACUCCAGCGCGACGCUAUUCAAACAAAGGCUGAGCAAUGGCAAGAAGAUGUCUAUGAAAAGCCUAUGGGAGAGCUUGAUAAAGUUGUAGAGAAACAGAAAGAAGUUCACAGAAGAAUGCUGGAGCAACUUCUAAUGGUGGAAAAAGCACACAGACAGACACUGCAUGAACUAGAGGAAGAGAAGAGGAAGCACAGCAAAUACAUGGAAAAAAGUGAUGAGUUUACAAACUUGCUGGAACAAGAAUGUGAAAGUCACUCCAUUGGACAUUGGCAUCUUCACACAGCCCUCCCUCCACCUUCCAAUAACCCACUAAUGGAUUUUCUUCUUCCAACAUGA